AUGGGUGAACUUAGGACCCUGAUGAAUAUUCAUCAACGGACUCACACAGAUGAGAAACCAUUUAAAUGUACGGAGUGUGGAAAGAGUUUCAUUAUCCGUCGAUCCCUAAUUCGUCAUCAUCGAACCCACACUGGGGAAAGACCAUUUUCAUGUAUGGAGUGUGGAAAGAGCUUCUCUGAGUUUGGAAAAGUUAGAAGACAUCAACGGACUCACACAAGGGAGAAACCAUUUAACUGUAUGGAGUGUGGAAAGAGCUUCAUUAAUAGUGAAAAACUUAGAAUCCAUCAACGGACUCACACAGGGGAGAAACCAUUUAACUGUGUGGAGUGUGGAAAGAGCUUCAUUAAUAGUGGAAAACUUAGAAUCCAUCAACGCACUCACACAGGGGAGAAACCAUUUAACUGUGUGGAGUGUGGAAAGAGCUUCACUUAUAGUGGAGCACUAAGAAAACAUCAACGGACUCACACAGGAGAGAAACCAUAUAAAUGCAUGGAGUGUGGAAAGAGCUUUAUUGAAGGCAGAGAACUUAGUAUGCACCAUCAAACUCACACAGGAGAGAAACCAUUUGAAUGCAUGGAGUGUGGAAAGAGCUUCAGUCACAGUAGAACACUUAGCAUUCAUCAGCGGAGUCACACAGGGAAGAACAGAUUUAAAUGUAAGGAGUGUGGAAAGGUCUUCACUAAAGUUGGAAACGUUAGAAGACACCAGCGGACUCACACAGGGGAGAAACCAUUUAAGUGCCUGGAGUGUGGAAAGAGCUUUCGUGAUGGUACAGCACUUAGUUUGCAUCAUCAAACUCACACCGGGGAGAAACAAUAUAAAUGUGUGGAGUGUGGAAUGAGCUUCACUUAUCGUGGAGGACUAAGAAGACAUCAGUCGACUCACACAGGAGAGAAACCAUAUAAAUGCAUGGAGUGUGGAAAGAGCUUUAUUAGUGGUACAGCACUUACUUUGCAUCAUCAAACUCACACCGGGGAGAAACUGUUUAACUGUGUGGAGUGUGGAAUGAGCUUCACUUAUAGUGGAGCACUAAGAAGACAUCAGUCGACUCACACAGGAGAGAAACCAUUUAAAUGCAUGGAGUGUGGAAAGAGCUUUAUUGAAGGCAGAGAUCUUAGUAUGCAUAAUCAAACUCACACAGGAGAGAAACCAUUUGCAUGCAUGGAGUGUGGAAAGAGCUUCAGUCACAGUAGAACACUUAGAAAACACCAAUUGACUCACACGGGGGGCGGAAACCAUUUAAAUGUAAGGAGUGUGGAAAGGGCUUCACUAAAGCUGGAAAUGUUAGAAGACAUCAACGGACUCACACUGGAGAAACCCUAAAUUCAGAGUGGAACCCUAAAUUCACAUACAGGAAACUUAGAAGACAUGAACAGACUAAAUCAGGUACAAGCAAAUAAAUGUAUGGAGUGUGGAAAGAGCCUCAAUAGAGGUGGAAACCUUAGCAAACACCAGCAAACUCACAAAGGGAAAACCAUUGGAUGAUGAAAGAUUUAAUGAUAAAGUGGGCAAUUGAUGUGGGACACAAUAUUGAAUUUGAAAUGUCCAAAUUAUGGAAUCAGAACAUGAAAUUUACAACAUGCACGAUCCUGAAAGAGAACAUCAUGAAAAUGAUGUACCGCUGGUACUUGACACCGGUCAAAUUAGGAAAAUUGUACAGAAGGAGUAAUAAGUGUUGGACAUGUAAUAUAAAGGAGGGAGAGUUCUGUCAUAUACAGCAGCUAGAAUUCUAUUAGCGCAAAAAUGGAAAUCCACACACUUACCAACGAUUGAGGAUUGGAGAAUAAAAUUGAUGGAGUAUUUAGAAUUGGCGACGCUGACCGGAAUUGGAGUAAAUUUGUUGAGUAUUUAAAAAUCCAA